CCUUACUGUCUGGCAGGCAGCACGUGCAAGGAAGUCACAGGCGCCGCUUGCAUGUACAGCCAAUCGCUUCCUCCUGACGCCACCGAGGCUGGACUCCUCCACGGGGCUCCGAUCCUAUUAUUGCGCACAUUCACGGAGGAUGCACACUUGCAAGGGAUACAAGAGAGCGGGAAGAGCUCCAGCGAUGGCGGGGAUGCAGCUCGCACCUGUCGGCCGCUCCACGCGUCGCUGACUUCGGUCAAGAUCGCGGCCGCGCAGCAUCCGAGCGGAUCAGCUGUUAUUUACUAGGAAUAUCGUCGUCCUUUUUAUUGGUCGAGGGACUACUUUUGUAUUUUUUGGACUGCAUCUAAUAUGUAAUUAUUGUGGCACGCUGGACUUUAAAUGCGCAGUGGAUUAAGAUCACAAAUGUGACCGCGCAUGUUUUUUCGCGAUGUCUUGGACCGUUCACCUGUUCAGUCAGAACUACUGGGGCUGUUCUCGAGCAAAUAACAAGAUGGACUUUUUAACCCGAGCAAAAAAUCCCGCGGAUGCCAUCGUAAGGUGCGCGUGAAGCUGACAUAACUGUGGGACCAAAGCAACAAAGGAUGAUCAUGUUUCGUAAAUUCAGAGUCUUGCUGCUCACGGUGUUCCUCGUGGCGUGCACGGUGCACAUCAUGAUAGACUUGCUGCCCAAAUUGGAGAAGAGGACUUCGGGAGCGGACGGCGCCGACAGCGGCUGUCAAUGCGCCCACCACGCCGGCGCGGAGUCGCCGGGCUGGGCCAGCCAGCAGCAACAACAGCAACAGCAGCGCGUCGUGUCGGCGGCCGACUCGGGCGCGUGGCCCAACAAGCACACGCUCCGAAUCCUGCAGGAUUUCAGCAGCGAGCCCAACUCCAACCACACCACCACCUUGGAGAAGAGCGCGGGCGCCGGCGGCCAGCGAGCGGCCGACUCCCACCGUAGGAGGGCGGGCGCCCACGCCACCGCCGGGAAGGCAGACGGGCACAAGCCGCUCAUCGGCGAGGCGAGCGGGGGUCGCACGGUGGCCGGACUCGGUGCCGGUGCAUCCCGACUCGCGGCUCUCUUUGAGCAUCCUUUGUAUAAGAUUGCGCUUCCGCCUCUGACGGAGCGGGACACUUUGUUUAACGUCAACACGGAAAUUAGAUUUUAUCCCAAAGCCACUGAUCAACAAGGAUGGCCGACCGAAGACGGCAACGCGCGGGAUGAGGACAGCGUCCGAGCGGCCGAGGCGACGGCCGAGUCGUACCCCAACUGGCUGCGUUUCCACGUUGGCAUCAACCGCUACGAGCUGUACGCCAGAGGCAACCCGGUGCUGGAUGCUCUGCUCCACGACCUGCAGACGCAGAAGAUCACCAGCGUGGCCAUGAAGUCAGGAGGCACCCAGCUCAAGUUGAUCAUGACCUUCCACAACUACGGACAAGCUCUGUUCAAACCUAUGAAGCAGACGCGUGAGCAGCAAACGCCUCCAGACUUCUUUUACUUCUCCGACUUCGAGAGGCACAACGCUGAGGUCGCCGCCUUCCACUUGGACAGGAUCCUGGAUUUCAGGAGAGUUCCCCCAGUGGCUGGGCGCCUGGUCAACAUGACGCGAGAAAUCCGUGACGUGACGCGUGACAAAAAGUUGUGGAGGACUUUCUUCAUCUCGCCAGCCAACAACGUGUGCUUCUACGGCGAAUGCUCGUACUACUGCUCCACCGAGCACGCGCUGUGCGGCAAGCCGGAUCAGAUGGAAGGCUCCCUCGCCGCCUUCCUGCCCGACCUCAACCUGGCCAAGCGCAAGACGUGGAGGAACCCCUGGAGACGCUCGUACCACAAGCGCAAGAAGGCCGAAUGGGAAGUGGAUCCAGAUUACUGCGACGAGGUGAAGCAGACGCCUCCAUACGACCGCGGCACCCGACUCCUGGAUGUCAUGGACAUGACCAUCUUUGACUUCCUGAUGGGUAACAUGGAUCGCCAUCAUUAUGAAACCUUUGAGAAGUUUGGAAAUGACACUUUCAUUAUUCAUCUUGACAAUGGAAGAGGGUUUGGCAAAUACUCCCAUGAUGAGAUGUCCAUCCUGGUCCCGCUCAGUCAAUGUUGCAGAGUGAAGAAGUCCACCUUCCUUCGUCUCCAACUUCUGGCGAAGGAAAACUACCGGCUGAGCGCCCUGAUGGAGGAGUCUCUCCUCCGAGACCGUCUAUCCCCGGUCCUCAUCGGGCCUCACCUGCAGGCCCUGGACCGCCGGCUGGGCCUGGUGCUGCAAGUGCUGGCUGACUGCGUGGAGAAAGAAGGCUACGGCAACGUGGUGGAGGAAGAUCUUCACGGCCAGUCCGGCGCGCACAGGGCCUCCCGUCACAGGUAGUGAGGGCCAGGCGGCUCAGAGAUGAUGGGAACAGUGGAUGUGGGACCACUGGGACCGAUCCCACUUUUCAUAUCACGCUGAAUUCAGUGAAUUCCAAAACUUGUCAUCAAUGCCUCUUUGGGAGUGUGUUUAUCCCAGAGAUGGACCUACGGAAACGGACUUGACAAACUUUUGCUUUGAUCACGCGCGAGAUCCGCUGGCCAGUGUCUCUUUCAUGUUCAUGUUUUAUUUAGGCUUUAACACAAUCACAAUUUUGGAGCCGAUCAGCGAGUUUAAAAUAAACGUAAUAAAAUUAAAGCUACAGUACAAUACAAUACAUCUUUAUUUAGAUAUGGACCAGUAUAUUUAAAGAACUUGUUUAUUUACUGUGCAGUCAAUCCUCACUAUUUGUGGGGGACAGCGACCGGCCCAUAAAUAAUCAAAAUUUGCGUAUACUGUAAUUGGUGCCCAUUGAAAUAUUUUUUUUUUUUUUGGGGGGGGGGGGGGGAUUUCACCCUCAGAAAGCUGAUAAACAUUCAAUCCAUGGCAAAAAGGAAGGGGUGAGGAGGCGGCGGGAUGUGGGCAUCACAAAUAUACCUUGCCCUAUUUUUCUAUUCCACUUGUCUUUGUACUGAGUACGAAAACAGUGAACAAAGGAUAAGAUCCUGGAGGGAGGGGGGGGGAUCCGCAGAUAUGCGGGAACGCACUGCGUUCCAUCAGAAAAUAAGCUUUUGCAGUUCAGGCAGUAUGGAAAGAGUGACACGUCAGGGCAUUUUUUUUUCUUUUUAAUGUGUGUUAGUGUCUUUUAUCAUACUACACUAAAUAUUCCAAAACAUUCUAAACGUUGUACAACAACAGUAAAUGCAGUUUCUUUGACUUGCCUUAUUCCACUUGUGUUUCAAGUUUCAAGAUCUCGUUGUCCCCUGCGGGAUUAAUUUACACAAAAAUGCAGCCUGAGAAUCAAAUGUUGAUUCACAUUCAAGUAUAAACAAGAAACCAGUCAUACAAUAUGAACGACUUUUUUUUUUUUUUGAAAAAGUUGAAAAGUCAGAUUUUCACAUGCAGAUGCAAGACAUUUGCUGCCUUCACUUAUUUAAUGAAACUGUUUCAUACAAAAAAAAGUUACAAUUUGUGUGUCAGUUUACCUUAUGUGAAGCGUCCAAAGGAGCCACAAAUUGGCUUGUUUAGAGUUACAAUGCUAUUUUCAUUGACUUGUCGUCUUAUUUUUCAAUCCAAAUUACAAGUGUAGCAAUGAUAGAUGCCGCUUUCUGAAUGUUGAGGAAGAAUAAAGGAACUAUGUUACAAGUCAGAGAUAAAGCUCAUGUGAAAAAAAAAAGGGUGGAAAAGGGUUGACGUGCUUGAUGUCACCCACAGAGAU